UCAGACGAAGCCGGAAGAACUUCCGGCCUUGGCUGCAAAGCUUGGUCUGCCGUCGGGAUAGAGUUUAACUUGGACGCUGAGCGACUGUGUGUCGCAGCGAAUGGCUAGGGACCUGAUCGGGCCGGCACUGCCGCCAGGCUUCAAGAAGCACGCGACAGCUGAGGACGAGGAGCGGGACCUGAGCCCAGUUGCAGGGCCAGCUCUGCCCCCUAAUUACAGAAGCAGCAGUUCGGACUCCUCAGACAGCGAUGAGGACAGCAGUUCCUUGUCUGAAGAAGGAGAUCAAGAGUCUGAGGAAGAUGACAGUGGUCCCACUGCCAGAAAACAGAGGCGACAUCAAGACAGAGGUGACGACGACGACGGUGGGUUUUUUGGACCAGCCCUUCCUCCUGGAUUUAAGAGGCAGGAUGACUCUCCUCCAAGGCCUAUUAUAGGUCCUGCAUUGCCACCCGGUUUUAUUAAGUCUCCACAGAAAAGUGACAAAGGCAGAGAGGAUUCAGGACAAGUGUCAUCAUUCUUCAACUCAGAGGAAGCAGAGAGCAGUGACGAUGAGGAUAUUGUUGGACCAAUGCCUGCAAAAGGACCGGUUACCUACAGCGUAACAACAGAGUUUGAAAGAAGGGCCCAGCGAAUGAAGGAAAAAUUAACCAAAGGAGAUGACGAUUCAUCUAAACCAAUUACAAGAGAGUCGUGGAUGACUGAGCUUCCUCCAGAAAUGAAAGACUUUGGUCUUGGGCCGAGAAGCUUUAAGAGAAGAGCGGAUGACAAAUCCGGAGACCGCUCCAUCUGGACGGACACCCCAGCUGACCGCGAGAGGAAAGCUAAGGAAAUGCAAGAAGCAAGGAAGUCAUUCAGUAAGAAAGAUGAAGACAAUAUAUUGUCAGGAAGGGAUAAGAGGUUGGCUGAACAAGUGUCCUCAUACAACGAAUCAAAAAGAUCAGAAUCCCUCAUGGACAUUCACCAUAAAAAGUUAAAGAGUAAGGCUGCUGAAGAUAAAAACAAGCACCAAGAGAGAACGCCAUUUGAUCGUGAUAAAGAUCUCAAGGUUAAUAGGUUUGAUGAGACUCAGAAGAAAGCCCUAAUAAAGAAAUCCAGAGAACUAAAUACCCGGUUUUCACAUGGCAAAGGCAACAUGUUUUUAUAAGUGAGUGUACUUCAGUGAGGCACACUCGUACUGGUCAGUCUGACCCCCUCCAAGUACCCCUUUGUCUAUAGUAAUGAUGUGCACAGUGCUUCUCCUUUUGUAAUAAAGUAAAUUCAGAGUCUACACUUUUAGAAAUUGUGACUGUUGAAAAGUUAGGGGUAAAUGUGCUUAGCUGGAAAACCAGCUCUGUCUUCACAGUAGUCUAACAGGACAUGGCUAUUAGAAAAGCUUGAGUUCCAGUGAAGAGAAAUGGUGCUUCCCAGAGUGUGACAUGCAACUUGAUGGGUCGUGUGCUCCACUAGAGAGAAGAGAGUUGGUAUCUUUGUGUGUGUGUUUUUGUUCAUUUGCUUGUUUGUUUUUCGAGACAGGUCUCACUGUGUAAUCUUCCCUGUCCUGGAGCUCACUAUGUAUACCAGCAGGCUAGCCUCAAACUCCCAGAGAUCCACCUGCCUCUGCCUCCCAAGCACUGGGAUUAAAGGUGAAUGCCAGCAGGCCCUGUUCAUUGAACAAGAUCACAAUUAGAAAAUAGUCAUUGCUUCAGAAGGCCUCUCUAAGUUUUUACAACGGGUGCAGUGUUUAUCUGUGGUCCUGUCUGAUGAAGGUUGUGAUGUCAGUUAAGGAACUGUGAGAGCGAGGAUGCUUCCUGAGUUCCUCAUGAUCUGUAGCGGUAUGAAAUGGACUCAAUCAAUAUUCAGGUGGGAUUUUUUUUUCUUUUUUUUUGGUUUUUCGAGACAGGGUUUCUCUGUGUAGCUUUGCGCCUUUCCUGGAAUUCACUCUGUAGCCCAGGCUGGCCUCGAACUCACAGAGAUCCGCCUGCCUCUGCCUCCCGAGUGCUGGGAUUAAAGGCGUGCGCCAGCACCGCCCGGCUCAGGUGGGAUUUUAAAGGACAAUGUGAACUUUAAAAUGUUUUCCAGCUUACUGAAUUAUUACCUCAGAGGGAGUCCCCUAUGUGAUGUCUGUCUGUCCACCUUUAUUUGUUAGAGAAUGAUCGUUUAAAACAUACAAAUGUUUGUCCUUUAAAGUAAUAUGGGAGCAGACAAUCAAUGUUUCUUAUAUAGAAUAGAAUAUUUUGGGGGUUCUUGGCUUUUCUUCAUAUAAUUAUUUUAAUAGUCCAUCCCCACAACACUCCAGGCCCCAGUGUUUUGUGGUUUUACAAGUUUCUUCUUAGUUCUGGGGGGGACUGUACACUGACUCUCAACACGGCCCGGACCUUCUUCCUCAAAUAGAUUUCACCGGCCCCAGAGUCAGGGUCUCAGGCCCUUGCAGACCCGUGAAUUUUAAAUGGCUUGGCUUAUCCUCCAAACUUUACCUAGUAAAUGCACACCUGCUUGGGAAUAGAGCGUGGAGGUUCAUUCUUCCUGCCUUGGCAUGUGUUGAGGCCUGCGAGUUUUGAUUUGCUGUCUGAGAAGUUGUUGUUUUUGUUGGUUUUAAGGUAAAGAAGGCUGUUUGGAUUAUCUCAUAUUAAGGAAAUAGUCUUGUGAUUUUUUUUUUUAAACUUAAGUAAAUAUUUGUUGGGGAGGCAAUCUGAAGGACAUUAUACACAUCUGUUGUCAUCCAUGGAGUCUAGGACUCCUAUCUUCAUGGUCUGCCAAAGCUGUUUGCAUCUUGGAAUGUCACAGGUGAUAGUCUGAUUCAUAUAUGUAUAUAACACUUUGUAGCUGGUUUGCUGGAAUAUUAAUCCUGGAUAGCUUUUUUAAUUAACCAAAUAAUCACUGAAAAUGAGAAAUCUGUACUCAUAACCACACUUGUGGGAGUAAUAUGUGUUUUAAUGCUUUAAUCAGUAUUUCUUAAGCUGUUAAACAGAACCUCCUAAAUAGGGAGAUGAAACCCAAGUUUGAAUUCUGUGUGUUUCUUGCAGGUUUUCUUGUUCUGCUAACUCUGUAUUCUAGUUCUAAUGAAGCCAGAGUUUUAAUGAGAAACAUUCUGAUUCCUGAUUCAUGUGGACUUUAUAAAACUGGGCACACUGUUCAGAUUACAAUAUAAAGUAUUUCUUAUUAGUGUCACUUUUUUAUACUGGUGUAAACAACCUAUCCAAGGACUGUUGCUUUUAAAAACCUGAGUUAUUCUGAGUGAAUUGAAGAGGCUUAUUGUCUACAUAGAAUUGGACAGACCUACCCUUUGACUAAAGUGAGGGAUAGUUUCUGCACAUAAAACGUUAUACAAGAGUAUUAGUUUUGGCUAGGCAUGGUGGCACACACCUUGAAUCCCAGGACUCAGGAGGCAGAGGCAGGCAGAGCUCUGUGAGCUCAAGGCCAGCCUGGUCUACAGAGUGAGUUCCAGGAUAGCCAGGGCUAUGGAGAGACUCUGUCUCAAAAACCCAAGAAAAGCAAGUUUUUAUUCUGUCCAUUUUAUUUUGUAGGGGUUUUUCCCCCAAUGAGAGGGGGGAGAAUGUUUUUUAGCUAUGAGAAAACAUAACGUUUUGUGAAAUUUGGUACUUUUUAAAGUUAAAAGACUAAAAAUAAAUAAAUCUUUUAAAAGGAGAUUCUGGUCUAAAGAGAUGGCUCCAAAGUUAAGAGCAUGCCCUGCUCUUUCAGAUUACCUGAGUUCAGUUCCCAGCACCUCGGCUGGUGGUCCACAGUCCCCGUAACUCCAGCUCCAAGGAAUCUGACCCCCUCUAUGGACCUCCAUCGUCACCUGUACUCAUGUACACAGUCCACACACAGACACAUACUUUUAAUAAAAAUAAAUCUUAAAAGUAAAAAUAAUCCUAUCUGAACACUCACUGGCCUUGCUUUUUCAGUGGAAAUGAUAUUGAAUAGGAACAUUUAUAAUGUGCUUACAUUUCCUGUGACCUCAGCAGACAGGACAGGCCACCACAUGUGCUGCCUCACGGGUACCCUGGAGCCAGGGCUCUUUUCUGUCACCAGAUGAUAAUUGUGACAAAGUAUAAGCCAUUUCCAGGGAGGAUUAGCCACAUGGAGACACAACCUCAAUUUAAUGUUGACAAUUAAGUAUGUAGCUGUGUGUACAUUACAGAAACAUGUUCUGUGUGCCAUCCCCUCUCCUCCAAACGGCAGGAGGCCUGUUUGGACCCACUCUCCUGGCCGCUGGCAUUUUCUACUACAAGCAUCCUACAUGUUUCGGCCAAGUUGUAUAGGGCUGCAAUACAAGAAUGAAGAAACCAGUAGCACCAGAGCAAGAAGAGGACACGGAUGUCUCACCACUGACAGUGGCCUUCCAGGUCCAGCCCUCUGGCUGCUCAGCUGGGGUAGAUUACAAGCCUCAGACAGUAGCCACACUGCUCAUGAGCAGAUGGUGGAGUCCUUGGUUUGGGUAGUGGGGGAAAGAGACUGAGGGAGACUUUCAGAUUAGCUUCAACACAAAAAACUGAGCCCUGCUUGGGGGCUGAGGGAUGUAGUUUACAUACAGUUUUUCAUAUUCAGAUGUAACAACGCAUCACUUCAGUACUUAAUUAUGCUUUGUUAGGUGUGAGAUGUGUCUCAGAGUUACAUAAAUUAUUUGAUGUUACUUUUGGGUCCUUUGUGCAGGCUAGGAAUGUUGACACUUCUGAAAUGCAUGAUGGCGGGGCCCAGCUCUUAAGCCUUCAUCCACUUGCGCUGUUCCGUGGCAUUACAGGUAUUUCUAGAACAGCCUCUCCAGUGAAUUAGACUAAGAGGAGGAAUUAACAUUGAGGGAAGUGGCUCCUGAAGACAGACUCAUGAAGCAUCAACAGUGUCCAGUCUCCUGUCUCGGAGUUCGUUUACUUACUUCUCAUGCCAUCCUGAGGCACCAGACCGCAGAUACAGAGCCAGAGCCGAGCCAGAGCCAUGUGCCGCUGUAGGAGAGCUUUCUAUUUGUUUGGUUUGUCACAGCUUAAGAAAAAACCUGUUUAACAGAGCCUGGGGCUGUGGGUGAGUGUGAGGUCCUGGGCUCAAUCCCCUGCACUCACCACCACCGAAAUACUGUUUACCUGUGACCAUGGUGUGUACAAGGUUAAAACACUGUUGCCUUUUCAUUUGGAGGAUUACAAUUAAAAGUCUGUUUUUAGAAAAGGAGAAUUCUGAAGUCUAAUUUUAUACAUUAUAUGAAUAAAAUGUUCUCUAUAUCUGAGAA